AUGAAGAGAGACGCCCCAAAAGUGGAAGGGUACACCACCCUCCCACUCCAGCUCCCAUCAAUCCCGACCUACCCCCUACCAGCCACCCACUACCUCUACAUUCGCCCCCACGAACCUCGCAUUCCAGACCCUGACUCCUCUCGCUCUCUUUUCAUCGUCAAUACCCCCAUCGACACAACAGAAACCCACCUCCGCGACCUCUUCGGCAAGCAACUUGCCGCCGGCCGUGUCUCAAGCGUCCAAUUUGAAGACGUCCCCACCAAAAAGACUAAUGUCGCACCCGCAACAGAAAACAACCUCUCCCACCGCAGCAAAAAGCGCAAGCGUGUUACAGCCGACGAUCUCCAGUCCCAGCUAGACGAGAUCACCCUUCCUUCAACAUGGGAUCGUCAACUCCAAAAGAGUGGCGCCCAUGCCAUCGUCGUCUUCGCCGAUCGCGCAAGCAUGGAAGCAAGCCUCAAAGCCGCCGCCAAAGCCGCAAGAAAGGGAACAACCAUCGUCUGGGGCGAAGAUGUCUCUAAAGACCGUGUCCCCGCACUAGGUCUGCAACGCUACCUCUCCCACGAACGUCGCCGCUACCCCGCCCGCCGGGAGCUGUUGACGGCCGUCAAUGACUUUAUGACUGUCUUCGCGCAAGUGUCCGAGGGACGGAAGCGCGAGGAGUCGAGGAAGUAUGCGGAGCCGGAUGAGGAUGGAUUCGUUACUGUCACGAAUGGACCUAAGUUGAAUUCUGUUGCGAGGGAGGAGGAAAUGAAGGAGUUGAUUGCGCGGGAGAAGAAGAAGGCUGAGGGAUUGGAGGACUUCUACCGGUUCCAGUCUAGAGAGAAGAGGAAGGAGAGGCAGCAAGAAUUGCUCAAGAAGUUCGAUGAGGAUAAGAGGAAGUUGGCGGAUAUUAAGAUGCGGAAAGGAAAGAUUCGGCCUGAGUGA